CUUGGGCGUUCUGGCCUCGCUGCUUCUGAUGGCCCUCGUGAUCGUGCUGGUGGUCAGAUCCCGCCGCCCGCGCCCGCGCAGCGCCGAGGUCAAGAUGGUGUACGACAAGGGCUCCGCGGCGGCGCCUCUGAGGGGCCACCACGACGAGAGCUCCUCCGCCGACGAUCAGAACCCCGACAUCAUCCCCGUCAACGAUGACCACCAAGUAAAGGACCUCCACCAAGACUUCUCCGCUGAGACGCUCCCUGUGGUUGAACAACAACAGCAACAACAGUCUCCUCCUCCUCAGCAACAGCAACUACCACAGCAGUCGCAGCAGCAGCCACAGCAGCAGCCACAGCAACAGCACGCGAAAGAGUACCUGGGAGGAGACGGUUCUUUCUACAUCAAUCCGGGAACUUUGCUUCGACAGAAGGGUGUGAUGCUGCCGCGGGAGUCGGACCCUCUCCUCCUUGUGGGCUGCCCGCUCGCAGCCUCAACGCCCACCGCCCGCAGCACCCAGCCUAGCGUGUACGCCCACUUUUCCCCCGAUCAGCCUGGCCUCCCGCCUUCCUACGUGCCCGAGCUCUCCACCGCGACCUUGCCCAAGGCCUUCCCCCGCGACCUGCCCUCCGACCUCCCCUACCCCACCCACGACCUCACACUAACCUCCCUCCUGCCCCCCUACUCCCACCACUCCCUCACCCUAGGUAGGAACGGCUCCCUCUCAUCGGGACGAGCCACGCCCUCCUGCUCCUCCUCCGCGUCCUCCACCAACCACCACGGAUCUGCCUCCACCGUGGCCUUCCACCCUGAGAGCGAUUCUCCCAGGGCGCCUUUAGUCACCCCACGAGAUAAGACUAGCAGCCCCAACCACCGGGAGAGCUCGGUCUAGUCUCCCUCCUAGUGGCUAGUCUCCAUCCCGACUAGUUACAACCCUAUGUCUGUCACUCUAUCCAGGAGCCGAAUCGUGCAGAGCAGGAACGAAGGGGAGGAAGAGGAGGAAGAAGAAUCAGCCAGUGCAGUGACGUCUCGCAGGUCUUCAUCGCGGAUUCAGUGGACGACCUGCAGGCCUCCACCAGGUUCUAGGGCGUCG